AUGAUAGAUUAUGACAAUGUCUGCUUCAACAUAGCAGCUUUUGUCGCCGGCCUUUUCGUCCUCGAAUUCGGCGCCGACAAGUUCGUUGACCACACCGCCAAGGUUGCCGCUCGUCUACGCAUCCCGCCGACUCUGAUUGCGCUCCUGACCGCCGGGGCUGAAUGGGAAGAGCUCGUCGUCGUCGUCGCCGCCAUCUCCCAGCGCCGCUCCCCCCUUGCGGCUGGCAAUAUCCUGGGGUCGUCCAUCUCCAACAUCCUCGGCGCCUUCUCCCUCGGCCUGAUCUCCGCCCCCUCGACCGUGAUCUUUGACCGCAGCUCUCAGAUCUACACCGCGGCCCUUCUCGCCCUCACCACCCUGUUCGUCGUGAUCGCCACGUUUGUCAAGCCGCUGGGGCGGGCAGGCGGGGGGAUCCUCGUUGCUACGUUCACGGCCUACAUCUCUUCCAUCGCAUGGGCCAUCUACAAAGGCGUGGUCAAGCCGCCCGAGGACUCCGACUCCGACAGCGAUAGCGACUCCAACUCCUCCGACCAUGAUGGGGCAGAGGGAGAAGAAGAAGAGGAGGAGGAGGUGAAGGACAUGUUCGACGCCGCCGACCUCAAGCCCACGCCCGACAGCGCCCUGCAGACGGAGACGCAGCACCGCCGCCGCCCGCGCUCCACCACCUACCACGUCGUGCAUCUGAUCCUCGGCUUCCUCGCGCUCUCGCUAUCGGGCUACGUGCUCUCGCACAGCAUCAGCACGCUCGCCGAGACGUUCUCGCUCGCCGGCUCCGUGCUCGGCAUCACGCUGCUAUCGCUGGCCACCACGCUGCCCGAGAAGCUGGUCGCCGUCUUCUCGGGCGCGCGCCAGCAGCCCGGCAUCAUGGUCGCCAACACGGCCGGCUCCAACAUCUUCCUCGUCACGCUGUGCGCCGGCGUGCUGUUCCUGGCCGCCGACCUGGAUGCCCUGGCCGGGAGCUUGACCCCAUUCGAGCUGCUCUCCAUGUGGGCCGCGAGCCUGCUGCUCUUCGUCAUCGUCAUGGUCGGCGGCCGGAGCUGGAUGGGCUGGGCCUCCUUCGCCCUCUAUCUCGCCUUUAUCAUUUGCGAGUUCACCGCGAAUAGGAGAUGAUCUCCCCCUCCCCCUCCGCUGCCGGAUGGCGGAUGGCGGAUUGCUCUGCUCGUUGUUUUUUCAGGUGCGUGUACUAACUAGAUAUCAUUAUUAGAUCUUGGCGUGAAGGGUGGCCGUGAGGCUCGUUGGCGUUUUCUAGAUGGGUUUGUUAUUUUUUUGCCCUAGAGCGUGCAUAAUACCUUGUAUUCUGUACUAGUACUAUAGAAAUUGG